AUGGACUGGGAGAACCAAUCCAGGGUGAACUCUUCUUUUCCAAUCUUUCCUUCAUCAUCCUCCUUGUCCUACUCCUGUAACAACUCCUUUGGCCCUUUCUUCUCCACCUCGCUGUUGUCUGCUCCUUCCUUCUCUGGGCUGGACCUCCUGUUCAAUCUGAAGCUACUCUUCAUCCCACUCUACUCCGCCGUGGUCCUGAUCGCCUGCUCUGGCAACCUCCUCCUGCUCUUUCUCAUUUGGCACAAUAAGAAAAGACACAACACCACCAACUUCCUCAUCAGCAACCUGGCACUGGUUGACCUGGUCAUGUGCAUCUUCUGCGUCCCUUUGACUGCAUCCUACGCAUUUGACAAGCGUGGAUGGGUGUUUGGACCCCACAUGUGUCACUUUGUUGCUGUCAUGCAGUCUGCAGCUGUGUAUGCGGCGGUCCUGUCUCUGAUGGCCAUCGCAGUGGAUCGUUAUGUUGUUGUGGCAUAUCCCAUCCGCAAGAGAGUAGGCUGCCAGUUUUGCUGCUGCCUAGUGAUCCUGAUCUGGCUGUCCUCUCUGGCUUUAUCCACACCCACAGCGCUGCACACCGUCUACCUGGACCUGCGGGCUGUUGGCCUGCAGAUGGCUGUGUGUGAGGAGUUCUGGGAUGGCCAAGAGCGAGGCCGCCUCAUCUACUCCUGUUUCAUCCUGUUCUUCUCUUAUUGUGUCCCACUGGCUGCUGUCUCCAUUUCUUACUGUGCUAUAUCCUGUCAGCUGAAGCAGAGGACCAUGUCAGGCUUGACGGCAUGUCCAGAAAUGACAUCUGCAAGAGCCACGUGGAGCAAGAGUAGGAGGAAGACCUUCUUCCUGCUGCUGGUGUCCGUCCUCUGUUUCGCCUUCUCCUGGCUCCCUUUACAGGUGGUGAAUCUGAUCCGUGACCUGGACACAGACUUCUCCAUCUUGGGGAAGAAUUAUGUUAACAUCAUCCAGGUGUCGAGUCACCUGUUUGCCAUGAGCUCUGCCUGCUACAACCCUUUUAUUUACGCCUCAUUACACAACAAGUUUCUGUCCUAUCUGUGUCGUCAUUUUCUGUCUAGGAGGAGAGGAAAAGGAAAGGACAGGGGUCAAGGGUCAAGCAUUAAGACAAUGUCGCACAGAGUUCCACGCCUUCACACUUUGUCAGUUGUGACAGAUUUACCAGGUGCUGUUGUAAAUGAUAUUGUUCCUCUUGACAACUAUGUUUAA